AUGCAACAGGCUGAUUCAGAAUCACUUGUUUUGGUCUGCGGUGGAGGAGAUGGCGGUGGUGAUCGGAAGAUUGCUUGCGAGACGUUGGCGGAUGGACGUGGAUACGCGCCGGAAGAUCUGGAUAUUCCACACAGCACGGUAGUUGAAGUUACGCCGGAUUUUCCGCCGGAAUCGUUCUGGCUAUCGAAGGACGCCGAAUUCGACUGGUUUGAUCGGAAUGCUUUUUUAGAACGGAAGGAAUCUACUAAAGGAAACUCGAAUUCAAUGAAUUUGAAUCCGAAUGUGAACCCUAGCCACUCGAAUUCGAACUCGCAGAGGUAUUCAAUGACUUUGAAAUCAAAACCUGCGAUUAUUGGAUUACCGAAGACGCAGAAGAUGACUUACGUUGAAUCCAAGCGUAGGCAGUGUAAACCGGCUAACAUACGGCUAUUUCCGAAGCGGUCGAAUUCCGUCGGAAAGGCUCCAACGACGGUUCUGGUGACGGAGCCGUCUUCGCCGAAGGUUUCGUGUAUUGGGAGAGUUAGAUCGAGGAGGUGCCGCAGCCGUAGGAGGUCAUCUGCACAAGCGAAUCAACCGGAGAAGUCUGCUAGUCAACGAUCAGGAACAAGUAGACCACACAAAGCUGGCUUUAUGUCUCGUAUAACGUCGUUAUUCCGUUCUGAAGGUCACCGCCGGAAGAAAAACGGUAAAUCCUCAGAAAAACUCAAAGAACCUGCAGAAAAUUCCGUUUCAAGAAAGAUUUACGUGACUGUGAAGCCCGUUAAGAGCGAACCGGAGACGCCUUCUGCACCGCCUGCUUUAGGAGGUAUGAUGCGGUUUGCGUCAGGGCGGAGAACGGCGUCGUGGGGAGGUUCCGAUGAUGAUGAUGAGGUGGCUGCGCGUCAUUCGUUGGAUUCAGGACGCCGUGGACUAUAG